AUGCGCCCAGCCCUUGCCCUCCUGCUGGGGGCGGCCCUGCUGCUCGCGGUCGAUGCCGUUGCCCCCAACAAGGCAGCUGCCCAGCCGCCCGCUGCUGCUGCGGUCAACGCGACAGCAACCCGCGCUGUGGAGCCCAAGCACCCUUCUGCUACGGCCCUCAGCGCUUACGGCGGUGCUGCGAUGAAGGCGUCCGAGCCCAAGGUGCCAGCCAAGGCGUCCCCCAGGACCUCUCCAUCUGCCGUCGAAGACAAGCUCAAGGGCCGCCUGCUGCUGUCCCAGCCCUCCACCACCGACGCUGGGCCUGCACCCGCGACCGUCAAGCCCCCAUCUGCCUCAAUGUCCCCCACCACGGCGGCGCAGACCACGCUGAGCCCCAAGCAUUCCCCCACCGCGGCGGUGCACUUCAAGCCAAAGCCCAAGCACUCCCCAGCCGCCGCCCCCCCAGACAACGCGAGCGAGGGCCGCCACCUGCUGCAAGACAUCCCUGAGGCCACGACGCAACCUCCCACGACCAAGCCGGCCAACCGCCCCGCUUACUUGCCCCACAAGAAGCCUGUCAAACGCCCAGAGCACCACUAUGGCCGCCGACUGCGCUCCUCCUGGAUGGGUGCAUGA